AUGAAGCCACGAGGGUUUAGCGUCAUGCACGCCUUCUCAGCUCUUACUAUGCUUACGAUGGCUAAUGCACAAACGACUUGUAAUCAGGGUAUGGGUCGAGUUAUGUAUGAAAGACUUCCCAAUCAACAACUCCAUGGCUUUGAUGAUGAUGUUAUCCGUGAAACAGCACCCCCAUUUCGCGUCUUGGAAAAGUGUCAAGAUCUGUGUCUUCGUGAUAGAUCGGGAAAUGGCCUUGUCAGGACUUGCAACUCAAUAGACUUCCAGCCAGGAGCGAGGAUAGCCGCUUUCAGCCCGGAACCGGAGUAUGAGGAGUCAACCUGCUACCUUACAAGGGAACAGGCGGCUCCAGAGGGAAUAGGAACGUUGAUGAUUGUCCCCAACAGUGUUCAUUUCAAUGAGAUCUGCUUAUCAUCGAAUCGGCCAGAACGGGAAUGCCCAUCCAGACGUUAUGUAUUCGAACGUCACGCCCGUAAGCGUCUCAAACUGCCAUCGUCAGAUUUAAAGGACAUCAUGGUCGCGAACCGUACAGAAUGUGAAGAUAAGUGCCUGGGGGAGUUCAGCUUUGUGUGCCGUUCAGCGACUUUUGAUUCGGCUCUUAGGACCUGCUCGUUGAGUAGGUUCACGAGAAGAACCCACCCGGAGUUGUUGGAAGAUGACCAUAACGCGGAAUAUCUGGAGAAUACCUGUUUGAACGCCGAGAGAAGAUGCGACGGCCUAGCUGUCUUCAUAAAGGAAGAGAACAAACGACUCGGAGGCCCAUUCGAAGCUGAUGUCUUCUCCAAUAUGACACUAGAUGAAUGUCAAUCCAUGUGUGUCCGAGCUGAAAAGUACUUUUGCCGUUCAAUAGAGCACGAUGAAGUGACAAAGCAAUGUGUGCUUUCUGAAGAAGACUCUGUGUCUCAGAAGGAUGACGUCACUGUUAGUGCAUCACCUACUCACCAUUUUUACGACCUUGUCUGCCUGGAUAAUCCUCGCGGUACCGAGUACCCGGACAACAGUGCGACAUCCCACCUGUUUGCCCCGGGACGACGUCCGGAUACAGCCUUCCAACGGUACCGCAACAGCCGGAUAACCGGGGAAUUCCACUCGGAAAUAACUGGAAGAUCGCUCAGCGAGUGUCUGGAUGAGUGCUUGCGACAGACGAGUUUUCAAUGCAGGUCGGCGGUAUAUAGCGAUCGUGCAAGAACAUGCCGGCUCAGCAGAUAUAACCAAAAAGAUGGAAUGCGUCUACUGUACGACCCUGACUUUGAUUACUAUGAGAACUUAAUGCAUCAAAUAGUAACUGGGGAGAAUGAUGUGUCCAGCGGUGGUUCGCAGUCAUCCUGGGGAAAGCCAAAUAAAUCAGGUGGUACCAACAGUGAUAGAGACAGGGACAGGGAUAGAGAUAGAUAUCCUCCGGGCGUAGACCGCUAUCCGGAUGAUGAUAGAUAUGAUGACGACAAAUACUACAACCGCCCGGACCGAUACCCGGACGAUCGCUACCCGGCUGGUGCAGACGAUCGCUACCCGGAAAGAUAUCCAGAUGACAGAUAUCCGGAUGACAGAUACCCAUCUGGUGUUGGGCCUGACAGAUACCCUCUCGAUAGAUAUCCACCACCUUCCGACCGAUACCCACCACCCUCCGAUCGAUACCCUCCACCUUCUGACCGUUACCCGGCUCCUGCUGACAGAUAUCCAUCUCGUUAUCCAGUAGUGCCAGUGUCUGAUCGCUAUCCAGCAGUGCCUGAUAGGUAUCCACCCCCAAAUGACCGAUAUCCACCUUCUGACCGAUACCCACCUACUGUCGACCAAUACCCAAAUAGAAUACCUAUUGACCGUUAUCCAGGUGGUAAAUAUCCUAUAGAUGGUGAACGAUAUCCAAUUGACAAUGAGAUUGGGCGAUAUCCAGUUGACCGGUACCCGAUAAGUAGAUACCCAAUCGACGAUUACUCAGAUCGGUAUCCACAGGACAGAUAUCCGAUCCAACCCGGCCGAUAUCGACCGGGCUAUCCUAGAUAUCCUGAUAGAUACGAUCAGGACCGUUACCCCGGUAAUGAGUACCGGUAUCCAUAUAGCCGAUACCCGGUUGGCGUAAACCGGGAUCCUACGCCACUAGGCGGUGAUAGAUACCCGGAUAUGUAUGACAAAUAUCCACCGAACGGAUCAUCAUAUCCUGGAUAUGGGCGCGGUGGAUAUUAUGGAGCUGAUCGGUAUCCAACAGCUGAUCGGUAUCCAACAGCUGAUCGGUAUCCAACUUCUGAUCGGUAUCCAGACACUGCUAUAAGACCAGCAGACAGAAUUCCUGUGGAACCAAGGCCUACAUUUGGUAUAAGAAGACCUAUAGACAGGCCUGGUGGGUACCGAGGAAACUACGCACCACCUAUUGAGAGGCCCAUUGGUGGACCUGGUUAUGGUGGCUACGAACCGGAUGGUCCAAUAGCACCAAUAGGUCCGUCUGGUCCUAUCGGUGGACAAAUUGGACCCUUAGGUGGGCCGAUCGGUGGACCAAUCGGAGGACCGAUCGGUGGACCGAUCCGUCCACAGAUCGGACAAAGGCCCUGGCAAGGAUCCCGUUGUGAGGAAGAGAGCUUUAGACAAGUUGGACGACAACGUAUGCAGAGACGAUUUGUAAGGCGAUUCACUACCGCACAAUCGUUGGCUCAGUGCCAGCGCGAAUGUAUCGAGGCCAGGGACUUUAUAUGUCGGUCGUUCAACUUCAGGGAAGGAGGCUUCGGUGUUGAACCACGCGAUAACUGCGAGCUAAGUGAUCGUGAUACACGAGAGUUGGACGCGGCGAAUCCUGCGCAUUUCGACAAUACCGCAAACGAAUACGACUUCUAUGAACGGGCAUCGGGACGAAUCGCUGACGAUUGUUUAGAUGUAUCCCAAGUAUGUAAUGAGGAUGGCAUGGAGUUCACAUUACGUCUACCUGAAGGUUUCUUCGGCCGUAUGUACACGUACGGUUUCUACGACCGGUGCUUCUUCAGAGGAAAUGGUGGUGUUCAAAAUGUUCUACGUAUAACGGGCGCACACGGUUAUCCGGAGUGCGGUACACAGCGGUACGGAGACACAAUGACAAACAUCGUGGUGGUACAAUUCAGUGAUAACGUCCAAACAUCACGUGACAAGCGGUUUAACCUUACAUGUCUCUUCCGGGGUCCUGCCGAGGCAGUUGUUACAUCUAAUUACAUUGGAGCAGGGUCCGGGAGUCCCAUUCCGAUUGAAUAUCUUCCUGAGGAGAGUUCCCUGAAUUCUAAGGUCCGAUUGCUGAUAUUGUACCAAGGAAGACCAACAACUACCAUCGCUGUGGGUGAUCCAUUAACAUUUAGAUUGGAGGCACAGGACGGAUAUAACUACGCGACAGACAUCUUCGCAACUAAUGUCAUCGCCAGAGACCCAUAUUCGGGAAGAUCGGUGCAACUCAUUGAUCGUGUGGGAUGUCCGGUAGACCCAGAUGUAUUCCCGGAGUUGGAUAAAGGAAGGAGCGGCGAUUCACUCGAAGCCAGGUUUAAUGCAUUCAAAAUACCCGAGUCAAACUUUUUGGUGUUCGAGGCAACUGUGCGAACCUGUCGUGAUGGAUGCCAGCCGGCAUACUGUCCAAAUCAAGCCGGGCGUACUGAACCGUCAUUUGGCCGACGUAGACGAGAUGUCAACUCCACGAUAAUUCCUGAGACAAACACUACGGAUACGGAAGAAACAACCACCAACAAGUCCGAAGAUACAGUCUUUAAGAUAUCAUACGAACAAGCAACAGUUGAUAAGUAUUUGAAGAAUGAAGUUGAGACGCCCAGCCAUGUGAGGAAAAUGAUCGAGGUAUUUGACAACCGCAACGAGUUGAUAGAGGAGAAUGGUCAGGCAGACUCGGCCCCUGUCGUCGCUGAAGCAGGUGUUUGCGUGUCUCCACAGCACUACAGAGCUUUAUUGCUGGCAUUGUGCUCAUUGCUCGCUUUGCUCCUGGCUAUGUUGAUUGCAGCUCUGUAUAUAUACAAGCGUUACUGGCGCGUACUUCGUAAGAACAUAUCGGCUGCAGCACCUCCUAUAUCGCGUCCGGCUGCCCCGGGACCGAGACCAACUCGUCCAUCAUUAUUCUCUGCUUCACACUUACAUAAACCGUUCUCUUUAAGCGGAUUAGGCAGAAAUUUCACUGAAAUUGGCGAAGAGGCGGGCUCGUCGGGACGUUUGGCGAACACUUUUGAUGAUGGAAGUGAACCAAUUUAUACUGACCCCUCACUGUUCGAACGAUCUAGGUCUCUACGGUCCCUUCACUCAUUGGAUCUGAAACCUGACCGAAGAGAGCAUCGUGCUUAA